ACUCUCCCUGAUUCUUCCCUGGCUGCUCUCAGGACAUCGCUCCCAUCCGGAAGACUUUCUUCCUAAAUCUGAAGGAAUUCCGUUACUGUCACCCUCUAUCUGUCUCACUGUCUUCUUCUUUACAUCUUCACCCACAAGCUCAUCUGAACUCUUAUUUCCCUUAUACUUUUGUGACAUUCCAGACUAUUUUCCUCUGUCCCUCUUGUCUGAUUUUAUUUUUUUAUACCCUCACACAACCUAAAACAACUGAGAAUUCUACAUCUCUAUAGAACGCUAGAUACACUAAUACACAGAGAGACAACUGUGCUCUUGUAUGCUUGCUAAACAAGACACAAACACACAAAAUACAACUUCACACAAUCUACACAAAGAUAUAACUAUACUCUCAUCUGUAUACAGAGAGAUAAAUGUACACAAAAAGAUUUCUAAAUACACAACUAUACAAAUUCCCUUUUUAUUCAGGUACAGAUUAAGGGCACACAUAAAAGUGACACAUAUGCAUAGGCACUCACAGACAUACAAUUAUAUAGUCACACACACACAUAUGAGCUGAAAUGUACAGUUAAUAAAAACAAUUUUAUAUAGUAGAACAUAAAACAGCAAAAAAAACUACGUUUGACACACAGACAUAUUGUUAGACUUAUGAACAAUAAAACCACUGCAGAACAACACACAUAUCACGCAGUUGUUUUACCAUAGGGAAAUGCCCCGUGUGGGAGGUAUACCCCCGUUUUCUCUCUUGUUAAUCUGGCUGGGAACAUUUUCCUGUCACCUUUCUCCUUCUGUGACACGUGAGCGCUUUAAAGUGGUAUUUGCCCCAGUGGUGUGUAAAAGAACAUGUCACAAGGGGUAUUGUCAGGAUGUCUGCAAACCUGGGAGCAACAUGACAUUGAUAGCUGAGAAUGGGGGAUCCACGGAUACCCUGACUGGGUCUGGAUUUAGAGUGGUGGUUUGCCCCCUGCCAUGCAUGAAUGGUGGUCAGUGCUCCUCACACAAUCACUGUAUCUGCCCUCCUGAUUUUACUGGCCGCUUCUGCCAACUUCCUGCCUCCGGUGGAGUUAGAGGGGCAAGCGAGGCAGGUGAAGGGCAGGGUGGUGACCCAUCUUCAGGCAAGCAUGCAGUUUAUUCAGUACAAGUCAUUGCUGGAGAAGAAGAAUCAGAAGGUAGAGGAACAAAGAUCAGCCAGUCAGCACUCACUGUCCCUCUGGGGCCUGGAUAUAGCUCCUCUGAAGUCCAGGUUCUUCCUCCCUACCUUAAUGUUCGGGUCCAUCACCCACCAAAUGCAUCUAUCCAGGUUCAUCGUAUUGAUGGUCUCGGAACUGAAGGUUCAACUGGAGGAGCUCAGCACCUUCUUCCGCACCCUGAAAUUAGUAAAGCUGCUCCGUCUCGUCCUGUAACUUACAAACCUUUAGGCCGUUGUUUUCAAGACACAUUACCAAAGCAGGCAUGCGGCACUAACCCUCUGCCUGGGCUGACCAAGGAGGAAGACUGCUGUGGAAGCGUAGGGACAGCAUGGGGACAACACAAGUGUCACAAGUGUCCUCAGCUUUCAUAUUCUGGCACCCAGAAAACGGCACCGUUCCGCGGGGAGCAGGGGUCUGACUGCCCACAAGGAUACAAACGUCUGAACAGUACUCACUGCCAGGAUAUAAAUGAGUGCAGUAUGCAGGGAGUGUGUCAAAAUGGCGAGUGUUUAAACACUCAGGGCAGUUUCCGAUGCUCUUGCAAACAUGGCUACAUCUUCAUAUCAUCACGGAUGCACUGUGCACCGGAGAAACCUGAGGUUAAAGGCCUCUGCUACAGGCUGGUUGGAGCGGACGGGCAGUGCCAACACCCACUAUCUACCAUACUGACUCGCCAGCUGUGCUGCUGUAGCGUUGGGAAGGCGUGGGGCUCUCAGUGCGAGGCUUGUCCAGCGGAUGGCACAGCAUCCUUCGCUGAGAUUUGCCCAGCUGGAAAAGGCUACCAUGUACUGAUGUCCCACCAAACGCUUACGAUUCAGGCACAGAGUGAUUUCACGCUACACUUGCACCCAGAGGGAGGUGAUGCCCCACCCCAAAGGAUUCAAGAGUUGGCUCCUCCUGAGUUUGUCCCACCACCCAGAAUGUCUGAUCUAGAUUCUGCAGAAGGACAAGGAGAGGUUACUCCUGAUGCGCAACCUGCAUAUGGCAGAAACACAAAACAAGAUUUCACACCUUUUAACAUAACAGAGAGAAGCCCAUAUCCAGAAGUUGCACUGAAGUCAACUCCCGCACCUGUAAUCAGAGUCCCUCCUACUUAUAAAACAAGUGCAGCAGAAAGUGCUACCCAAGUAACAGUGACCGAUGAGUGUAAAGAGGACAGGAGUCUGUGUGGUCAUGGAGAGUGCAUCUCCACUCCAUUUGGGUUUAACUGUAGCUGCUAUGAUGGCUAUUACCUAGACUCUAAAACUAAGAAGUGUAGAGACAUUAAUGAGUGCGAAAAUGACCCGUGUGGUCCUGGACGAUCACAUUGUCUGAAUACAGAAGGAUCGUUUAGCUGUCAGUGUUAUCAUGGGUACAGAAUGCAAGUGAUGCACGGACAGAGAACUUGCGUAGAUAUUAAUGAAUGUCUGCACUCUGGACUGUGCGGAGACUCACGCAACUGCCUAAAUUUUCCUGGAUCCUAUAAAUGUGAUUGUCAGAGGGGAUACAAACUAAAGAACACAAGACCGCUUGGGUGUGAAGAUAUUAAUGAGUGUUUGCUGCCUCUGGCCUGCGUGGGGGGACAAUGUAUCAAUACCCUGGGCUCCUACCAAUGUGUGUGCCCACAAGGAUAUAGACUACACAACCAGCAUAUAUGUCAAGAUAUAGACGAAUGCUCACUUGGUCCCGAGCUCUGUUACCCGCACGGUACAUGCGAGAAUGUUGAAGGUUCAUAUGUGUGUAUUUGCGAUAAAGGAUACAUAGCAAGUGAGGACCGCAAGAGAUGUGAGGAACCAGCCCGCGGGUUGGACCGCAGAGAUUGUUUCUUGAGUCUGGAAGAUUCCCUGUUCUGUGACAGUGUACUUGCAGUCAACGUUACCAGGGAGCAAUGCUGCUGCUCGUUGGGGGCGGGUUGGGGAGAUCACUGUGAGAUAUACCCUUGUCCAGUGCACAACUCAGUUGAGUUCCUUGGUCUUUGUCCAGAUGGUGUUGGGUUCAUAGUGGACAUCAUGAGCUAUGGACACAGAGAUAUUGAUGAGUGUCAGCUCUUUGGAAAAGAAAUAUGUAAAGAAGGGAAGUGUGUGAAUACACAGCCUAGCUAUGAAUGUUACUGCAAACAUGGAUAUUACUAUGACACCAGAUUGCUACAGUGCAUGGAUGUGGACGAGUGCGUCGAUGAGUCAAACUGUGUCAACGGGCAGUGUAUUAAUACUCGAGGCUCUUUCUAUUGUCGCUGUCCACAAAAUACUCAGUACCACCCAGAACACAAGCAUUGUCUGCCAAACCCAGAACUCGAUGUUGAUGAGUGCCGGGACCCUGGAUUAUGUCGCAAUGGCCGUUGUGUUAAUACCGUUGGCUCUUUUCGUUGCGAGUGUUCUCCACCAUGGACCUUGGACUCUUUGGGACGACACUGUAAUGUCCCAGAUACCCAAUCAGAUCAAGAAGCCCUUGAUAUUUGCUGGAGGAAGAGAGGUACAGAUGGAAUCUGCUCACGAGCCAUGGGUGGUCCUCAGCUCUCUCUGACUGAAUGUUGCUGCCGGCAGGGUCAAGGUUGGGGGCUAAGAUGCUUGUCCUGCCCACCAAGACUUGCUCAGGGUUGUUCCGUUUCACACAGUGAGGCAAAUUCCUUCUGGGAGUCCAGUGCUCUUCAUGUAAAGAAGUCUCGCAGAGAUGGUGAAAGCUCAGAGGAGGAGUCUGAUGAAUGCCCCUGUGUAAAUGGUCUCUGUAAUAAAGGCCCUUAUGGGGUUACAUGUGAAUGUCAAGGAGGUUUCCAGCUGGACAUCACUCGGACUCGAUGCGUCGAUAUAGAUGAAUGCAGACAGAAGAACCCACGAGGAUCACUCUGCAAAAACAGCCAAUGUAGAAACACAGUAGGAUCCUUCAGGUGUAUUUGUAAACCAGGAUAUACACGAUCAAGACAUCCCCAUAUCUGCAUUCCACAGAGAAAAAGAUAGCCGCAAACCAAAAAGCAACAAGAGACUAUGACAAACCCUCAACCCAAGCUGGAGAUGAGAAAAUCCACAGGAAAACAGAAAAGAGAUGGGGAACACUUAUGAGUAGUAGAUAACAACAAAUGUAAGACUUUAAUUGGGAAAGCAAAGGAGCGAGGAAGGAACUUUCAGAUAAGUCAGAGAGGGACAAAUGAGGAGAACAAACAGAAAGGUGUGUGUGAUAAAAAGGGAUUAAGGAAAAUAGAAAAUAAAAGCUAGAGAUGUUUAAAAGACAUGAGAAGGAAAGGGAGAAUGUCAUAAGACUGAAAUAGGAAGAGCAAAUGUUCUAGAAAAACUAAUAGACAUGAAUUGAAAAAUUGUAAUACAAUCUAUGACUGAUGUAACCUUUAUGGGACAAGAAUAUUUAUAGGAAAAUAAACAAAACAAAUAUGUAUAUCUUUUUUUAUUGUACAGUUACACUACUAUUUGUAAGGCAAAGAAAACCACUGAGCGGGUAUGAGUGUGUGUGUUUGUAUAUAUCAAUAUUACUGCAAACACAAAUUCACUUAUUUUUUAUGUAUGUGCGCUCCCAAUCAUGCACAUUUUGUGGGUUUAUUAACCUUUUGGGAGCUCUGCCCCCCAUCCGAGACCCCCAAAUCCCACCCAAGUAUUUCAGCUAAUCCCAUGAAAUUGGACAUAAUCUGCUUUGCAAACAAAUACUUGGUUUGGGUCCUGUUAUUGACAUUUUGAGACCCCCCUCACACACACACAUAAGCAUAAGCCCAAUUAUUUAUAUACUGCUUUUCAUUGCUUCUUUGUAUGUAUAUUAUUUGAUUUUCGUAUUAAAUAAUGUUUCCUAUACAUAUUGUAUUUAUAUAUUUUAAAUUAGAUUUAAAUACUCAAAUUGAAAUAUUGAAUUCCCAAUAAAAUGUUUAUGUAUACAAAGUAUAAAA